UAUCAGCGAACCAAACACAAGCAACAUUACUUAAUAGAUCCGAUGUUACUCCUUCUCCGAAUGGUAUAUCCACUGUGUCAGAUGAAUUAAAAAGAGUUGAGAAACAGAUGAGAACAGUGCAAGAGUCUUUAGACUUCAUGAGAAACAACUUUCAAGUUAAAUCACCCCAACCCAAGUCACCCAAUACUUCACCUACUAUACACAAAUCUGUGUCCUCGGAAAACACAUGGGGAGGCCUGUUAUCAUCGGAGCACUUCAUUGAGCUUCCACCACAGCUUGGUCCAAUCUCACCCAGCGAUUCUCUACACACAGCUAGUAUAACAAGCGCACACCAAAUUGCAGCAGCGCCGAAAAUCAACCAGAUUAGCCCUGGAAUAUGGAAAGAGACAUUUAAACAACAAGAGCCAUCAUUUUCGCAUGAUACAUCACUUGAUAGCAUUAAGGAGUUGCUCCAAAGAAGUUCCUACAUCCCAGUUAGGCAACCACUGCCUCGGGACCAAACCAAAGUAGAUGAAGUCUCACUAGAAUCAAUUGACAGAAUAAAACUAAAUGAUGAUAUUUCGACACACGCAUCUAAUUCAACAACAACAAGAAACUCUGCUUUUUCAGCAUUAAAAGAUUUCCCUUUUCAACAAAACAAAAAUCUGGAUUCAAUUUCAAUCAAAACCAAAAGUGAUUCAUCUAAAAGUGUUGCCAGUGUAAAAGGUAACCCCUUAGAUGCUAACCAGCCGAAUGACGAUGGAUCUUUUAUUGGUUCAUUUGUUGAAAUGCGUCCUACAAUGGAUGGAAGCUCGAAUGAAAAUUAUUUUGGUCAGUUGUCUUUCACUAAAUCAGUGAUUGACAGUAGUUUAGAUGACACCAAGGUCUCCAGUGCUUUCCAUACACUUAAUGUACAUGAGGAUGGCUCAAAUACUUCAGAUACUUUUCACACUCUACAGGGAGAUAUUAACGAUGAACUAAACUCGACGCUCAUCGACGAACACUCACUAGAGGGCCUCGACGAGUCGCAACAUAAAAAUACAACAUCCGUGACUCCAAUUAAAGGCAUUGACAUUACCCACCAUAGUAUUUCAGAACAUAGUUUGUCGACCAGCAGCUCCACGCAGUCAAUCAACAUUAUGAACUCAGAGUUUAUAUCGAAACUUCUAGAAGAAGUUCGCCUCGCUGGAGUAUCUUCAAGAUCUUCUUUUUCUGAGGAUUCGGAGAGUGACACUUUCAAAGAGCCGUCAAUCGUUGAGGCAAUUAAUGUUACGACUCCUACAGAAGACAGAAGCCAAUAUGAUAAAGGAAAAGAGGAAAAUAUCGACGGCACUUUCAAAGAGCCAUCGUUUAUGCAGGUUCAAACACUCGGGGGCGAUAGUGAGACUUUCCGGUCGUUUCUAAGCGACUCCAGCAGUGACAAAGUAGACUCAAAGCAGCAGAAUAAGACGAUCUUCGAUGAGAGUCUGACAAAUGUUCCAGGAAUACUGGAUGAACAUGAGCUAACCCUUCUAGAAACUUCUUUAUCAGAAUCCGAGACAAGUUUUGGCGAGUUUAGUCGCGUUAAUAUCGUGACAUCGGAGAGUGGGAGUUUGCUGGAACUUCCCGAAGUUGUCUCAUCUGAUGAUUCGACCACUGUGGCACAGAGUGUGAACAUACAAAGCAUGUCUUCAGAUAAUGGUACACCAAGAAAAUGAUGGAAAAGUUUUGAAGAUGUUGGAACAACUUUAUAUAUUCUAUUAUUAAUUUUGUGUAGAGUUUUAUAUUUCGGUGUGUAGAAGCUAUUUUAUUUGUUUGCAUGUACACUAGGGCUAGAAAAUACAAUUAAUUCCCUUGUA